GCGCCGGGGCAGCGGCGGGACCCGCCCGGCCGGGGCUGCCCCGCGGCGCCGCUGCGGGAUCGCUCACCGCCGCCCUCCCUCCCGGCCCGCACGGCGGCGGAGGGCGCUGCGCAGCGGGGCGCGGGGGCGGCGGGCCGGGGCCCUCCCAUUGUUCGCGGCCGGGGGCGGGCCGUGCCGGGGGGGGUCCGCCCUCCGCCGCCUCAUUGGCGGCCCGCGAGCGCCGGUGCGUUAAAUGGGGCGCUCGCCGCGGAGCGCUUCCCAUUGACAAAAGCGCGGCGGCGGCGCGGGGCGGGGGCGGAGGAGCGGGGCCGGGGCGGGCGGGGGGCGGCCGGCGCCCAUCGCCCAUGGGGGCGCGGCGGGGGCUGCCGCAGGGCUGAGCCGCGGGGGCGGCACUGCGGGCAGGGAGCGCUGCGGCGCGGGGGCGGGCCGCGGAGCUCCGGCACCGCGCUCCCCGCACACACACGCACACACUCACACUCACGCACCGCGCACGGCGACGCGCACACGCGGCGGUGCCCGCCCCUCUUCCCAUCCCCGUCCAUGGCGCUGAGGACGGCGGCCCCCCGCUCCGCACGUGGCCCCGGGGCGGCCCGGCGCGGGCACGGAGCGCGGUGACUUCCCCAGGCCGGGCGCCGAGACCUCAGAGCCGAUGGAAAGCGGGGGCGAUGCCGGAACGGCACCUCGGCGGGGAGGCGGCGGGCUUUCGGGCGCUGCCCAGCCCGGCGUUCCCCCGGCUGCGGACGGCGGCGUGAGCAUGGAUGGGCCCGGCGGGAGCGGGGCGGCCGCCGCUGCGGGGCCGGGAGCGCCCGCGCCGCCGCCCCGAGCGCCGUGCUCCAGGGACCCUAAAAUGGUCCAUCAGCGGUUCCUGCGGCGGAGCGUGGUGGACUCGGACCAGGAGGAGCCCGCGUUCGACCUUCCCGAGUCGGAGCAUCAGAGGAAAAUCAUCCUGCUCCCCAAAACCAGGAGGAUAAUCGCGGAGAGGGCGAAGGCAGGGCACGGGGCGGCGGAGAAGGUGUGCCUGGAGACCGAGCCCCCGGGGCCGCUGCAGGCGGGGCCGGCCCCCGGCGGUGCGGCGGGGCCCGAGGAGCAGAAGGAGGCCGGCAGGGAUGCGGAGAGGAAGGAGGCGUCGGACGCGGCCAGGGAGCAGGGCAAGGCCAAGAAAGAGGAGCCCGAGGAGGAGGCUGACAUGAAGGCGGUCGCCACCUCGCUGGAUGGCAGGUUCCUCAAGUUUGAUAUUGAACUCGGGAGGGGAUCCUUCAAAACGGUCUAUAAGGGACUGGACACGGAGACGUGGGUGGAAGUCGCUUGGUGUGAACUUCAGGACAGAAAAUUAACAAAAGUAGAGAGACAGAGAUUUAAAGAGGAAGCAGAAAUGUUGAAAGGUCUACAGCACCCAAACAUUGUAAGGUUUUAUGACUUCUGGGAAUCCUGUGUAAAAGGAAAAAGGUGCAUCGUGCUGGUUACCGAACUGAUGACCUCUGGAACACUGAAGACGUAUCUGAAGAGAUUUAAAGUGAUGAAACCAAAAGUCCUGCGUAGUUGGUGCCGGCAAAUCCUGAAGGGUCUUCUAUUCUUGCACACGAGAACUCCACCAAUAAUUCACAGAGACUUAAAAUGUGACAAUAUUUUUAUUACUGGACCAACUGGAUCUGUGAAAAUAGGAGACUUAGGUCUGGCAACCCUCAAGAGAGCUUCAUUUGCCAAAAGUGUAAUAGGUACACCAGAAUUCAUGGCCCCAGAAAUGUAUGAGGAACACUACGACGAAUCCGUUGAUGUCUACGCGUUUGGAAUGUGCAUGUUGGAAAUGGCUACCUCAGAAUACCCUUACUCAGAAUGCCAGAAUGCUGCUCAAAUUUACCGGAAAGUAACCUGUGGUAUAAAGCCAGCAAGCUUUGAGAAAGUUACAGAUCCUGAAAUUAAGGAGAUAAUUGGGGAGUGCAUUUGCAAAAAUAAGGAAGAAAGAUAUGAAAUUAAAGAUUUAUUAAGCCAUGCCUUUUUUGCUGAAGAUACUGGGGUAAGAGUGGAACUUGCAGAAGAAGACCAUGGUAGGAAAUCCUCUAUUGCCUUAAGACUCUGGGUAGAAGAUCCUAAGAAACUGAAAGGAAAACCCAAAGAUAAUGGAGCCAUUGAGUUUACUUUUGAUCUGGAGAAGGAAACUCCUGAUGAUGUUGCACAAGAAAUGAUUGACUCUGGAUUUUUUCAUGAAAACGAUCUCAAGAUAGUUGCGAAGUCAAUACGUGACAGAGUAGCAUUAAUACUAUGGAGAAGAGAGAGAAUUUGGCCUAGAAUACAGUCAGAGGAACGUCGAGAUUCUGAGUGCUUGGAGAAGUCGAAGGCACCGCAUCCACAACAGGUUCAAGUCACAUACCUUUCCCACACCGGUCAUCACAUCCUGUCCGAGUCGGAGGAGCCCGAGGCAGACCAGCAUCCCUUCCAGCAAAACUUGCCCACCAGCGUCACAUCCGUUGCAUCUGACAGCACAUUCGACAGUGGUCAGGGGUCCACUGUUUAUUCAGACUCGCAGAGCAGCCAGCAAAGCGUCAUCUACUCAUCUCUGCCCGACGCCGUGCCGCCCGCUAUCCAACGGGUGUACAGCCCGCCCCUCAGCGAGAGCCAGGCGCUGCCCCACAGCCUUCCGCAGCUGGGGCACUACCAGCAGCCCUCAGCACCUGCCCUGCCCGUGGUUCAGGCUCCACCUGCAGUGGUGCCCCAGAGGCCCCAGCACUACCAGGAGCCAGCAAUGACGUUCCCAGUGGUGCAGCCGACCACCGUGGCCUCCAUGCAGCUGGGGCAGUCGCAGCCAGUGCUGGCCAGCCAGCAGCAACCCAUAUCACAGCAAACUUCUCUGCAGCAGGUGCUUGCCAGCCAGCCGGUUUGCCCCAUCCAGCCUGCCCCCCAUCUCCUGCCACAGUAUCAGCCCCAGACCUCUCAGGUGGCAGCCAGUAGUACACCACUGAAACCCCUUCAGAUUUCAACUGUGCCACAGCUUCCUCCAGUUGCCCCUUCCCAGAUUCCUCAGUUUCCCGUCAUUCCUGCAAUUACUCCUCUGGCAGGACUUGACAACCUUCCUCCAAACCUCUCUGAUAUACCUGCUGCAAACGUGCCCCCCAUACCUGCUCCUUCUCAGUAUUUUGCUCCAGCUGUGAUUUUACCGAGCCUCCCCAUGAACCCCACUUUGCCCAUGGCACCAAACUCCCCUGCCCUCCCCAUGCAAGCAGUGAACCUUCCUCAUACAACUGUGGCUUCUCUGGUCUUGCCCUGCCAAACAAUAGUGCCAAAUAUGUCGGCUGCUACAAUACCGUUGCUUGCUGUGGCUCCGCCGGGAGUGCCAGCGCUGCCGCCGCACCACGCGGUGUCCCAGCUGCCCCAGCAGCAGAUGUACCCGACCACCUUCCAGCAGAUAAUCCAGAGCGAAGCGCCCUCUCCCCAUCACACGCAGAGCACGCAAGCCGUUUCCCAGCCGCAGCAGCCUCCACCUCCUCAGUCACUUCAGCCAGGCGUAAUUCAUCCAUCAGAACAGCCGUUGUCCGCCCCUGGGGCUGGUAACCAGCAGGUUACUGGACAUACUCAGUAUGGUUUGGAAACUGGAGCCCAGGUGCCGGUACUCCCAGUGCAGCCUUCGCUAGUCAUGUCACCGCCUUUGCAGUUGCAACCUGAACUAUUGCCUCCCCGCGUCGCUCCAGAAAGUAUUUCACAGAUUCAUGGCAGCCUUGCUACAGCUAGUCCACCAGUGCCCAUAGAUCACUGUCUGCCUCUCCAGCCUUCGGGUGUUCUGCAGCUUCAGCCAGACCUUUCCCAGCCUCUGGCUCAGCAGCUCCCCGCUCCCGGCUCAGCCGUGCAGGCAGUGGCAGAGACAUCGCAAGAGGAGCAGGCAAUACAGGACAAACUUCAAACUCUGUCACAGAGCUGUGAAAGCUACAUGAGUCCAGAUGUCGCUUCAGGUAAAGAGAUGAGUGACAGCUUUGAAGGAGCAAUAGGAAGUGGAAAACAAGAAGGAAAGUCUUCAAAGAAACAUAAGAAAUCUACACGUGCUCGUUCACGCCAGGAGAAAACCAACAGACCCAAACUGACUAUAUUAAAUGUUUGUAACACAGGGGAUAAGAUGGUGGAGUGCCAGCUUGAAACACACAAUCACAAAAUGGUGACUUUUAAGUUUGAUUUGGAUGGUGAUGCGCCUGAGGAAAUUGCUACUUACAUGGUAGAGAAUGAAUUCAUAUUGCAGAGUGAGAAAGAGACGUUUAUUGAACAAAUGAAAGAUAUUAUCGAUAAAGCAGAAGAUAUGCUCAGUGAAGAUACAGAAGGAGAACGGAGUUCUGAUCAGGGAACAAGUCCCCAGCAGGAUACUGAUGGAGCAGAAAUGAGUGAGGAGAAGCGGCCAUCUCAAGUGAAGACACCCGUGUAUCAACAAAAUGUUUUGCAUACCGGAAAAAGGUGGUUUAUUAUAUGCCCUGUGGUGGAAAACCCGACUACUGAUGCACCAGAAUUUUCUCCACCAGUUCCUCAGAGUGCACAACAGUCUGAAGGUCCAGACCUGGAGCAGUCGGAUGAUCAGCAAGCAAACUCUGCGGUACCGGAUACGCCUGGUGUCUUAGCUUGUCAGCAGCUUCCUCUACAAGCAAGCGUCUGUGACAGCCCCAUUGGGGCCUCUCCAUCUUUGGCACAAAUUCCUGCUGCAGCAUCUUCAGCUGGCUUGCCAAGCCAGGCAGAGCUCUCAGUUCCAGCACCGCCAGGACCUGCUCCAAACAUCCUGGAGCAGGCAGCCGCUAACGGAGGCCAGCCGGAAUGUUCUCUACUGAAAGCAGCAUUGCCCGCCCCACCUGGCACUCCUGUCCCAGGUGCUGUCCCUCUGGAGGAGCCCGCUGAUGCUCCACUGGCUGCUCAGCCUACUCAGCAUGCGCAGCAGCAGGCAGACGAGGCCAUGUGUAUCCCUGAUGUGGAGAUAGCGUGUUGCAGUGUCGGGCCACCCAAAGCAGUCCCACCAGCUGCUGCCAAGGCACCGGAGCUCUGCCCGCUCCCUGUGCUCUCAGAUGCUGUUGUUUUGGAGCGGCAGCCUGCGGCCCAGAUCCCUCACCUGCCAGAGGCCAGCCAGCCCGGCGUGGUGCAGCACUCCUUUGUGAACAAAGUGUUUCCUCCAUCUGUUGCAUCUGAGUCUCUCAAUCUGGCAGGAUCUCAACUUCAGAGCCCCACUCAGGUGUCCAUGGCCGCAUCCCAGCAGCACGCGAUGCUGUCCCAGACACAGCCUGUCACCUGCGCCAGCGUGGGGAUCAGCCUGCUGCAGCAGCAGCAACAGCAGCAGCCGUGCACCGUGGAGUCUGAUGGAGAGGGGCCACCCCGGGUGGACUUUGUUGACAACACAAUAAAAAGCCUCGAUGAGAAACUGCGCAACUUACUUUACCAGGAAUAUGUCCCAACUUCUUCUGCAUCAGCAGGAACUCCAGACGCUUUUGUGCCAUUGGAACAGGCAGACAGUGAAUUUAACUUGCCACCACUUACCGAAGAUCAAGUUCCCAAGUUGGUGUUGGAUUUGAGAGAACCGGGCCAUAACGCCACGGAUAGCUGCCAGGAGGUGAAAGCUGCCGAGGCCCAGUUUGUGCCGGCUGUGCCACCUGAGAUCGCACCUUACCCAGCAUUGCUUGAAAAGUCUGAGGUCGCUGGCAUUGGGACUGAGUCUUUGGAAGCAAGAGGUGGGUCAGCAAGCCAAAGAGGAUCAGCUGCGAGCAUCACUCCAGCUCCUGUGACUCCAGCAAAGGGCCUCCUCCAGGUUGCACCUACAUCAUCGAGCAUAGCUAAACAGAUGGAAACUUCUAAAACGAACGAGAAGGCAAAGGCUACAACUUCAUCUACGCACACAGAUAAUGUAAUGCAGCUAUCGACAGCAGAUGGGGUGAUAAAUAACCUUCAAAGGGAUGACUCUCUAGACUCCGGUUCCUAUGGAAAACAGGCUGGAACUCAUGAUAGCGGUACACCAGCCAAAACUAUUGGCAGGUUUUCAGUAAGCAGCACGCAAGAUGAAUUAACUUUAGCAGCGCCGCAUUGCUUAAGAUUCUCUGCGCCCCCGGACGUCUAUUUGGAUGAGCUCCCUUCCAGCCCCGACCAGAAGACAGCUGUCCGACGGGUGCAGACGGCCUCGUCUGUUGAUGUCCUUUGUGACCAGGGCUCGAGUGAUUCUGCCGAGGAGCCCUUCCAUCGACAGGCUGCUGCGGCUCAGCCAUCCCCUCCGAGCAGUAGUGCAGCCUCUGACUUGAUUAAAAAAGCAGCAGCUUUUCUGCAAAGGACUGGAAAAGCGGGCUCCCAAGGCCCCGAUUCACCAAACGGGCAGGGAACAAAGAUUCCUACCAUCAACAUAACAUCCUUCCACUCGCAGUCAUCAUACAUGAGCAGUGACAAUGACUCUGAAUUUGAAGAUGCAGACAUGAAGAAAGAACUGCAGAACUUGAGAGAGAAGCAUAUGAAAGAAAUUGCUGAACUUCAGACUCAGCAGAAGAAUGAGAUAGAGGCGCUGUACAUUCGGUUAGGGAAGCCCCUCCCUCCCAACAUGGGGUUCCUUCACUCAGCCCCGCCAAGCAGCCGUCGACGAAGAACAAGCAAAAAUAAAUUGAAAGGUGGAAAACUAUUAAACCCUCUGGUUCAACAGCUCAGGAGUGGAACAUCAAGCACAAGUAAUGUUUCAGACUCUAAAGACUCACCCCACAAAGAAACAACUAAAGCUCAGCCUGGAUCUCCCGAAACAACAGGAGUAACUUCCUCUGUGUCAGCCACAUUUGGGAAGUCUGUUCAGACACAGCAGCCAUGCUCUGUCAAAGCCUCUUUGUCUUCUGACAUCUGCUCCGGCUUAGGCCCCGAAGGAGGCGAUGUGAACGCAAGCUCUGGCCAAGGCUGGACGGUUUUCCACCAAACGUCUGAGAGAGUGACCUAUAAAUCUAGUAGCAAACCUCGUACCAGAUUCCUCAGUGGACCUGUGUCUUUGUCCAUCUGGUCCACCUUGAAACGACUAUGUCUAGGCAAAGAUCACAGUAGUAGAUCCUCUACAAACAGUCUUGUAACGUGUCCUGAGCCCCUCCCGCAAUCAACUCUGCAGGUUCAGGCCAACAACAGUAACAACAAGAAGGGAACGUUCACCGAUGAUCUUCACAAGCUGGUUGACCAGUGGACAAGCAAAACUGUUGGAGCUGCACAGGCAAAACCUUCUUUAAACCAACUGAAGCAGAACCAAAAAAGGCAGGACAUGGAGCCAAAGGCAAAUCCCAUGCAAACACAGAAUGAGACAUGUGGAAUUAGAACUGGAGAUAGAGAAGCAGUGGAGGGUAUUGGAUGCUUGUGUGCUUCUAAACUUUGCUCUGGAGCACAGGUUAAUUCAGUAAGAACAGGAUUGGGGAAAAGGUGCAUUGUUCCAGUGUCUUGUCCCAUGUCAGCUGCGCUAACUCCUGGAGUUUCACCAUCCAUGCCAGUGCCUAUGCCAGGUACUACCCUUUCUGGCGCAGUAACGCCCUGUGUGAUGCCUCUUUGUCAGUACGGAGGAGUUUUCCCUACGCCGCUUUAUGGAGUGCAGUGGUCGGGGCCGGCAGUGCGGCCGGGGCUGGUAGGAGGGCAGAGCAUUGCUCAUUUCUCAGCUCUCAGCAAAGCUUGCUUGCAGAUGUACCCUGUGCCGCUGCAGCAGCCCGCAGCCGACCCGCCCGGCCCGCGUGUAAGAAUGACAUAGCUCAGUGGGCUCUGAUAGGUGGCGGUGAUAGCGACCUCGUGUCCAUCUGUAGAUGCCAUAUGUGUCAGAGAGGCGUGGGUCCGCAGCAGGCCUGCCAGCCUACACAGCCAUACACUGCAUCCAGCAAUCACUGUGAUGGGUUUCACAAAAGGUCGUUUGUUUGUUAUGGCAAUAUCUGCAUAUAUGUCAUUGCUGAAGACACUUUAUUAUGUUGUGCUCUGAUGUUUUACACUCGCAAUCCUUGAAGUUGAUGUACUUGAAUAGAUGACUAGAAAUUGUACUAACCUGCAGGAGUACAGUGCCUUGAUUAUCAGCUUUUCAGUUCCAGCUGGAAAGAGAUGUAAAAAUAUUUGAAAGGUGUGUUUUAUUUAUGAUCUGCUUGUGAGUAAAGUUCUUUUUCUUUGCAAAGAUAUCGAAGGUUUACAGUCGAAGCUCGUCGUCAGUUUCAUUCUGCUGUAAAUGCUUUAAUUUUAAUUGAUGUGUGGAAUUUUCAUUUCCGAGGCUUUAAAAGAAAAAGUGAGGUGAAGUUUGUUUGAGUUACUGAUGGAAAUUUAUUGUGUUUGUACAAGGAGUAGUGAAAUGCACAUUUUAAAAUAGGAGCAUUUACGGAGUGAUCCUAGUGAGUUGUAUAUAAGAACAGGUAAUAGCUUCGGGCAGUGCAAUCCAGUCCUUACAGCCUUUGGUAAAGCCGCUGCAGGUUGCAGCCUACUGCUGUAGCGGGCACACGAGUACUGCUUUCUUCCAGAUCACGGCAGCCAAUUGGAUUACAUUUUCUUUCCCUACUGGGCUUUCAUAAUUUAGUUAAAUUACAAAUCUAUGCGUGUUCCUUAAGUGAGAAGCCUGAUGGAAAUCUGGGUCGCAGGAGCACGUCCGUGGGUCACUGUCAGAGCCAUGUAAGUACGCACGCGCGUGUGCUCUGCCUUCAGGUCCACGACAGAGGCUAAGAAUGUGUUUUGCCACUCAAGUGCUAGCAGUAUGCACAUUGAAAUGGAAUAAAAAUGUGAAGCUAUUAUUUUUCUUUUUUCCUCUGUGAGCAAUGAAUGCUUCAGCUCUGGAAUCUCACCACCUUUCAUGUGAUUUUUUUUUUCCUUUUUUCUUUUUUUAAUCAAGUUUGCUCCAUAGGCAGCACGGACACCUCUCUCCUGUUUGCGGGUUGCUUUUUGCCUCUUUUACUGUGCUUAGAGUCUGCAUCUGCACCUCUCAGUCUAAAGGCACAAGGUCACCACUGACACUGAUUUGCUGAUGGUAAGUUCCAUUUCUAUGGACGGCACUAAGGGCCAUCCCUACAGGCACAGGGAGCCAAACCAGCGGUCAAACCUGAAGGCGCGUUGCUCUGUAUCUCUACUGCAAUGACAUUCUAUGCUGUCUGCUGACGGGCAGAGAUGUCUUGUGCUGCCAAGCUGUGAAUUGUAUAGUUCUAUUGUACUUUGAGCAUUAUUCUGUCUAAAUUAUUUUGUUUGUACCCUUUGAAUAUAUUAUUCCAUCAAUUCAGUUAGAAUUGAAUUUUAUAGACAAUUAUGCAGAGUCUUCUGCCUGGGCAAAAUACUUACUGUAGUAAGAGAUUUCUGUUCUCUGUAACAUGUAUCUUUAAUUUGUUUGGGUUUUUUAGAUUCAUGUCUGUAUGCUUCUUGAGCAAACAUGGAAAAUAUGUUCUCACACCAGUUUUCCUUCAGCUUGCACUGAAUCCUACAGUUUGUCGCUAUUGCCUGUUGUAUAGUCCAUCCCUUGUAUACUGACAGAGUCAGUGGCACUAAAAGCCCCAAGAAAUUGUAUAGAUUAAAAAGAAGAAAAAAUAAACAUUUUGUGCUUGAAAA